UCCUUAGCCUGCUCGAAGAGCAUAACCUCACGGCAAGCGGGGCCAAAUCCUGACACUGCAUGAGGGAAGCGACUAUCUUGGGGAUCGUCUGCAAUGAGAAGGGCCGAAGGCUGGAUGUGAAGAAGACGGACAAGAUUACUGAGUGGUCAGUUUCGUUCCACUCCAUAACCGAUGUCAGGAGCUUCCUUGGUACGUGUGGAUUUUGGAGGGCCUUCGUCAAGAACUUCGCCGCUAAGACUGAACACCUGAGGAAGUUAGUCCGUCAGGAUCAGGAAUGGGUAUGGGGUGAGGAACAAGAAGAGGUGGUGGCAAAAAUGAAGGAGGAAUUUCGAGAAGGAUGGUUGGUGUUAGGAGCGCCAGAUUAUGACGCCACAGAGACGCGACCCUUCAUUGUCGAAACGGAUGCGGGACCGACUGCCUUAGGGGGAGUUCUAAUUCAGGCAGACAUGGAAGGAAAGGAAAGACUCUUGCGAUUUGAUAGCCGGACUCUUUGUACAACGGAGAGGAACUACUCUCAGUUCAAGAGGGAGACCCUUGCUGUCCUCCACUGUCUACGAAUCUUCCGGAACUAUAUCUUCGGCAGGAGGUUUAUUUUGAGAGUGGAUCCGACCGCCCUGGCCUACUCUCUAAGGAAUUACGUUCCAUCGGAUCCGACGGUUGCCAGAUGGCUGACGCACAUCUGGAUGUUCAAUUUCGAAUUGGAACGGAUUCCUGGUAGUAAGAACCGGGCGGACGGGCUGAGUCGGAUCAACUGGGAUAAACAGGAAGGGGAGGCGGUGGAGAAUACGCCCCCAGUUGAUGGAUUUCUGGAUCAGGAAGAAGAUGUUCGUCUUCAUAUCAACAAAUGGUCGCCGCGAGUGCCUAGCUGUGUAGGCUAUCCUAUUUGGCAAGCGCCGAAGGGGUAUGAAAGGAGGAAUGACCUAGUCCGUAAGCCCUUUGAGGAAGAAGAUCCCUGGGGCGGUAAGGAUGUUCAGUGGAUGAUGGAGCUAGCGCUGGCCAGCUCGCAUAGCUUGGUGGAGGACAUGAAAACGAUUGAGGAAAGACCUGGCCAGGUAGAACGGCAUGAGGACCUGAUGGGAGGAAUGUAUCUCCUCGUCAACACGUUAUUGCAGGAAGGCCUCGACCAGUCAGGCUCGUUGAACUCGACAGGAAAUGUGGACGAAGUGCCCGAGAGCCAGGACGACGAGUUCGAGGAGGGGGAGAUUAAGGAGGCUUUUCGUGCAGAGAAGUACGACGGGAUCUACCUAGAACUCGGGCUUCUUCUGUCAUGUGAAAUGCGGCUAAGGGAUGCAAGUGAUAGGGCUCAGAGGAUGUUGCAGCGCUACUUAGUGCGAGAUAACCACCUUUUCGUGAGAAGAGAAGUGGGGAAUCCCAGGAGGGUCGUCUGCGGUAGGAAUCGUCAGAUCGACGUUAUAACAGCACUUUUUGAUGGCAUUGCAGGAUGGCAUCGAGGGGUACAAGCCACGUAUGCCAAGAUAAGUGAGUUGUACUACUGGGAUGGAAUGAUGGACAUGGUCGGGAAAUUCUGUCGAUCCUGCGUGCCCUGCCAGGAGAGAUCCCGUUUAAGGCAAGGAGAGCCGCUGCAUACAAGGUUAGAGCAAGAGGUGGGGGGCGUAGUGCAUCUCGAUCUGCUUUUUAUGCCACUUGGGGAUCAGGGCUAUAACUAUAUCUUCGAUGCGCGCGAUAACCUGUCGGGGUUCGUAGACGGGCGUGCUAUUCGCACCAAGACCGGGUUAGUCUUAGUGAGCUGCAUCGAGGAAUAUUACCUGCGUUACCCUUUCGUCAGGGAAUUCGUAAUGGACAGGGGAUCGGAGUUUACCUGCCAGGAGGUGCAAGAAUUGUUAUCAAGGUCUGACUUUACGAAGACAGCCAUGCCAAGAGGAGGGAGGGGGACACGGCCGCCUCGGAGGCCGUUGGGAGCACCAGGAGGAUAUGAGCAACAUGGGCCUCGCCAUCGAGCGAGUACUCCGGUAUACAAUGAUGGGGACAUCGAGCUAUUCCUGAACAGCUUUUGGGAUCAUGCGAGGCGUAUAGGCUGGACCGCGGCUCAGGCGAUUGAGAGAUUGAGGGGAGCAGGCAGAUUCAAGAAGCCCAUCGCGCGGAUCCGUAGAGAGGCGACGACGAGAUCAGAGGUGGAGUGGAGGAUGCAGGAGUUGCGACCCUCGCCUGUGGGGCCUGAUGGCAGGCCGAUCCGCGUGGAGAUUGGAAAUGCGUCGGACUUCAUUCCUGCUUUCGAGUGGUUCAUGCAGGGGCAGGGUAUACCGAGUAAUGAGCGGGCGAGGACGUUACCCCUCUGGACCAAAAUGGCGGAGAGGGCACUGGCUACGCAGGUCAGGGACAUGGCCCGAGACUGGGAGAGCUGCAGGGCGCAUCUGAGAGAGGCCUUUCGACGACCAGAGCCCCCUCAGCCCAGAGUUGAGAAGCGUCAGAGGAGUCAGAGGCUGAGGGACCCUGAGCCCGGGGAGGCGAGACCGUCUCGGGGAGGACGGAAGGCCCUAGCCAGGAUAGAGGAGGAGCCGGAGCGGGAGCCAGAGGUUGAGGAGCGAGGGGCAUACCCUGAGUAUGGGUUGGGACCAGAUGAGAAGCAUGAAGAGCAAGUUGAAGGGGUGCCAAAAGAGGAGGUACCACAAGAGGAGGUGCCACGAGAGGAGGUGCCACGAGAGGAGGCGCAGGGUACUCAGCGAGAGAGCAGGCUGGGCGACGGGGGGAGACGUGCAGGGAAGGAAGUGAUAGAGGUUGGAGAGGACACGCCCCCACAGACGCCAGCGGUGGGUUUGAGACUCGGGGAUGCACCAGGGAACACUCGUCAGGCAGAGGAGAGAUUGCGGAAAGAGGAGGCCCCACUUCCUUCAUCAGAGAGGGCUCCAUCGCCAGAGGGGAGAGCCGGCAGGAGGAGAGAAAGGGCAGCUGUAAGGAGGGAGGCCUUGACCCUGAUUGAUAGGCACCUAGCAGCUUAUGCCCUGGAGCAUCCACACCUGGAGGAGCCAGCACCUGCAGAGCCGCGCCAGGAGCCGUACCAACCCGAGAAGGAGAUGGAAGCAGAGAUCCCGAAGAGGGUCGACCUCCGCACGAGGGAAAGGGCGCCAGCUGGAGAGACGGCUGAAGAAAAGAGGGCGAGAAGAACCAGACGGAUAGAUGAGAUAUGGCAGGAGAGGGUGAGGUUGGAGGCAGCGGGGGAACUUCUGAAGCAGCAACAGGAAAGGCAGAGAUCGGAGGCAGCAGGAGCACUCCCAGGGCCUCGCCAAGAGCCACCUAUGGGGAGAGUUAUCAUGGAGCUAGAGGAGGCGAGAGCCCAGAGACAGGCAGAGAAAGAGGCGUUCGAGUUUAGAGCCCUUACUGAGCUCGCGACGCUGCCAGUGGCAGCGACAGACGCAGUCGUACCUUUGGCAAUAGAGGAGGGGUUGCCACUAUCUAGCAUGCAUACUAUGCAGGAGGAGGUGAGUUUGUUUUCACCUAAGCAGAGGGUAGAGGAACCUCUUGAGAGAGAGAUAGGGAUUGAGGCGGAGAGUGCCAUCAAGAGCAGGCUCCAGAGGAUGGGUACGCCUGAGUAUAGGCCAGAGGAGAUUGAGGAGCAGCCCAUGGCAGUGCCAGGAGAGACACUCAAGAAGAGACCUCAGAGGUUGGACACACCUGAGUACGUCCCGGUGACAGGGGAUUUGAGGAGCAGACUGGGAUUUUGGGCUAGAGGAUCUGGGUCUGGGGGACCGGUUCCUGGAAUGGAGCAGCAGGAGGUCGUUAGUACCGCAGCUCCUGGAACAGAGCAGCAGGGGGUUGUCAGUACCUUGGUAGGAUCUCCCUCAUCACCACCUCCUCAACCCAAGAAGAAGAAGUUCAAGAGGAAGGUCGAUCAGCUAUGUUUCUACUGCAAGAGGGACGUGCAUCAUGCUCUGGACUGUCUCGAGUUCCGUGAGGAUAAGGCAGAAGGAAAGGUCUCAGAGGCAGGGGGUAAGAUGUAUGAUAGGCAGGGUAGGAUAGUAGAGAAGUCCGCAGAUGGACUUAGGGCUCAGUUAUAUAGGCAAAACCAGGAGGAGUUGAAGAGGUAGGGCCGGUUUGUCUAUAUAAGUGAGCGAGUAUCUUGUGA